CGCACAUUGCCCUCGGACGCCUUGCCCGCUUCAAGGAUGGGCAAGCGGGUUCGAUGGCUGUGGCUAUGUGUAAGCGUCUGUUGGAUGCUGUGUGUACUUGUUGUGUUGUGCCAGCGAUCAGCGUCUCCAGCGAGUGGUGGUCCCGUCCUCUCCGGAAAACGUACUACAAGCAACAGCGGCGAGACUGCACAUCAUCGGAACUACGACCAUGGGAACACGCACCCCUCCUCACGCCAGCGUGGGCAUCGGCAAGACAAGACCGUGGUGGUGGUUAUGCCCAGUCCGCCCAUGGUGUCUGGCCCCUCGACCAGGAUAGACCGCUUCCAGACAAUCCGAGAUACCUGGGGGCAGGACCUGAUGGAUGCUGGCGAAAACAGCGUAGUGUUUGUCGUGGACGAAGCCGAUGCAGGGACGGUGGAGGAGGCUUUGGGCACUUGGGGUGCUCUGGAAACAUCCCCCUUUCCUUAUCCUUCGGGAGAGGACAUCAACAGCAAGGGUCUGCCAACACGGCAUCAUCGAACACUAGAGCAACAGCGAGAGCAAGGUUCGGAGACUCCUCGAGUCCUUGUGGUCCCAGAUGACGUCACGCGGGGCGGCACAGACGGCGACGGGCGUCUUAGGUACGUCUUAGCACGAAUCUCCGAGAUCUACGACCCGGCCUUCCUCUUCUACUGCAACGAGCACACCUACGUCAUCGCAGAGAAUCUGCUGUGCUACACCAGAAGCCUGGAUCCGUCCGACCCUGUGUACCUCGGGAAUCGGUUCCGCAGGGAAAGCGAGAGAGACCAGGGAAAAGCCCUUCUCAACUCCGGAGCGGCGGGCUUCAUUCUCAGCAGAGGAUCGCUGUCCUUGCUACACCAGGCGUGGCGUGACGGUGAGGGCGGAGGGCGAGCAGAUAGUCUCGGGGGCUCCGUGGAUCACAGCGGGGGGCACAGUGAUGGGAAGGGAGAGGAGCGGGGACCGCCGACUGAGUGCGUGGCCAAAUCCAACUACGAGCGGGGAAACCCAGGCAUCACCCUGGCUCGGUGCUUGGCGCACCUAAGAGUUUACGCUAUGGACACGACGGGCAGCCAGGGAGGGCAGCGGUUCAACGCGUACGGUCCAGUCCGUCUGGCGCAGGGGAAGAUCGACCAGUGGUACAAGGACGUUCACGCCUCGGAUCCAGGGAUGUGGCGAGCCGGCCCCGACUGCUGUUCUUCGGACACGAUCUCCUUCCAUUACGUUGGACCAGCGGAAGCCAGAGCGAUGCACCACAUCCUACACCACAAAGACACCUACCUGACGGAGGGAUACGAGGAAGCUCUCAGCCUGUGGCCCGCUUCCGGAGAGUCCCUCGGCCCCUACGCCGCCCGCCCGAAGGCAGGGGACGAAACCUUCGACCUGCUCUUGAAGAAAAUACGGGUUUGUUCUGAGGUUUGACAGAGAGAGAGAGAGAGGGGGGGGGGGGGAGAGAGAGAGAAAGAGAAGGACCUCUCUCCAUGAAGGGCACAAGGCUUGCCUGCUCUGACUGCGACGCCUUGCGGAGGGCGACUCGUGAUCGGAGGGCAGCCUUGGCGUCUUCGAUGGCCUUCAACCGCUCUUCUGGGGUCUUAGGNGCUUUACAUACCAACAGAGGGUUGCGCUGUGUCUGAUGAAAGCGCUGUUUUUGUGUUUGUUGUUGAUUUUGUGUGUGUUUUUCUUGGUGGUGUUGCUUGUUUCGCCAACCCGGCGAAAACUUGUUCGGAACCCAUCCGCGAUGACACGAUGCGUACGUAAUCGACCAGCAACAUCUGAGCACGAGUUGCGCCCGGCGUACUUGUACUGUGUGUGUGUCUUUCUCGUGGGGUGAACCCUGUACGACUUCCUGUUCCACAAGUUUUGUUCGGAUUGGCGGCACCAGCAUCAAGCAUUGCAUGCGCGCCCCACGCGUGUAUGCGCAGCGUUUUGGCGGUAGGUUUGCAGAAAUCGUUCUUGUUGCCGCCUUCUAUUUUUUGGCGUCAUGGGUUGCUGUAGUGCCAACGCUAACGAAGCGCAGCAUUCGUGUGUGCGAGCGUGCGAACUGGACAUCUUUCGGGCAGAUUUCGAAGCUUCUGUGCUUGUGCGCGCGCUGCUUUAACAGCUUAUUUUCUGUGUGCAUGUGCGUGUGUGGGGGGUAACGACAACUGAUACCUGCUGUAUGGGUAGACUCACGCGAGUUUUUCAUCUUGAGGGAAAUGGAUGAACAAACUGCAUUUAUCCGUCCAUGUUGUUGGUGUUCCGGUGGCCGAUGACGAUCUCAUCUAAUAGCCGGCGGUCACACUUUGCCUGUCUCACCUCUUGCUGCUGCUGCUGCUUAUUGUUCUUGUUGUUGCUGCCUUCUCUUGCACGGAGACGAUUGUGUAAAAGUAGUGUAAUAUGAUGGGGGUAGGGUUUGCUUGUUGAUGUCCUUUUCCUCGCCUGACUCGAUGUGAGAGACGGCCUCUGUCUCGGAUGUUAUGUACACCUGUUUUUUUAGUUUUUCCCCUGCUCGGUCUAGAAAGGAGUUAGUCUCUCGUAUGGUCGAUAGGUAUGCCCUUUGGCACGCAAGUAGGUGAGUUAGGCGCUUGUUUCCCUCUCGCGCGUCUUUUCUGAACUUGGCAUCGUCGCCGCUACUAGUAACCGGCGGACCAGUGACAAUACGCCGGCCUUCGCCCAUGUGUGUGCAUGCGCGUUCGCUCCUCUGCUACGGAUUGGACCCGUGGUAAAGGCCCAUGGUAAAGACCCACGGUAAAAAUACGGCUUCUUCUGUUCUUCCCUUCGGGGCGUUUUUUCUUCUUAGUUUUCGUCUCAUCAUGUGUUCAGACGCGUUUUACUCGAGAGGAGAAAAUCGUUUUUGGACCAUGGCCAAGUCACCUUCGCUCGUUCCUGCCUGAUUUUCGGACUGUUGUCAGCAUUUCGUUGUGGUGCCUGGUACGGCUGUGUGCUACUUGGCAUGCAUGCGUUUCUCGGGGGGGGGGGGGGGGGNGGGGGGGGGGGGGGGGGGGGGGGGGGGGGGGGGGGGGGGGGGGGGGGGGGGGGGGGGGGGGGGGGGGGGGGGGGGGGGGUCUGCGUUGGUAGUCCUGUGUGCUUCUGGCAGAUCCGAGCCUACGUUGACAGAUCCGGCGUGCUGUAGACGACGCGGCAGGGGCCAAUGGCAAAAGAGACCGACCGGUCGUGUCAAACCUAUGUAUCGUGUGACAACGUAUGUAGGUGGCGGCGAAACCCUCCGAGGUACGCUAAAUGGCGUGCGAUAGGCUCGUUUUCUAACCAACCCUAGCGAGAAACGUAUGCAAUAUUCAAACACAAAUCAAGGUGUGAACCUGUCUGUUCUUCUCUUCUACUUUCUAGUGACCGCGCGUUGUGCCGUAUCUUCGAGGCUACGUAUCAUAGACCAAACAAACAACACAACCAUGUUGUACAACAUACCCAAUGCUGCAAAACAGUGCCGCCAGCUUUUUUAACACCCUUGCCGGAACAAAAAAGAAGGGGAAGGGCGACACAUUCACCGACGCAAUCGAUCGCGUCUUUACAAUUGUUUGCCGCACACACAUGGAGGCUUUGAAGAUCCCCUGUUGCCUCAAGGCCCCAAUACCUCUCCUCCUGUCACCUAAAUCCCACCCCCCCUCUACCCU